AGCGACGUCUAUAAUUAAUAUUCGUGUAACGAAACGCAACCUUCCAUGAUGGCAGAUGUUGUGUGAAUGUUUAUUUUUUUUAUAUAAAAUUAUCAAAUGCCCUUUCAAAUCUUGAAGAAAACCGUAAAUAGCUUAUCUAAAACUCUGGUCAUGAAACUGUGAUAAUUAGAAACGUAUCGGUAGUGGAGCGCGAGCUAUUGAGCAUGUCAAAUGAUAGUGCGAGGACGCGGUAGUAAGAUGCCGUGCGAGAGUUGUGCGGUGCAAUUCAGCGUGUUCCGCCGCAAGCGGGCAUGUUCGGAGUGCGAGCGGUACUACUGCGCGGGCUGCCUGCGGCGCGGCGGCGGCGCCAUGUGCGCUCCUUGCCGGGCGCUCUCGACGCGCCCGCUGGCGCGACCAGCCAUAGCUCAUCUCAAGGUCCGGGACCUGCAGUGCUUCUUGCAGCGCCAGAACGUGUCCACUCGCGGUUGCGUCGAAAAAGAAGAGUUAGUAUCACUCUGCGUGUCACACGUGAACAGCACGGCGUACAGAAGGCGGGCGCCCCGCGCGGAGCCCUUCCCGUCCCUCAAGGGCAUCACCAGCAACAUCAACAACUUCAUCAACUCCACCUUUGACCUGCGACCACCACCGAGACCACAGCAACAGAGGCCACAGCCUAACACCAAUGGAGGCGGGUGCUACAACGCGGCACACCAGCACGCGCAGAACCCUACCCCCGCACAAGCGCCGCGGCACGAACGCUUUACUCCCACACCAGGCGGUCAGGAGCGCAUCUCCGUACCAGUGCCACCGGCAACUACUCCUGGGGCCGCGGCUGAGACCGCUCAUGUGGACACGGCAGACUGUCUCGAGGUUGAAGACUUAGAUGACUCAGGCUGGGAAUUUGUCCGUCGACCCGCCGAUCCUCUACCCAAUGAUUCGGAAGUGCUCCUCGCAUCCCCGGGCGCCUUCUCCGGCCCCGCCACUCCUCUCCGAGCAGCUUCAUCGCUAGAACUCCGUUCCCCGUCCGCCACCUCGCGCGACGCCGACAGCACGUCGCUACAGGACGAGCCGAUAGAACGGACACAGAGACCACCCUCCCCACCACUCGCGUCUCCUCCAAGGAGAGCCCCGUCUCCUCCACAAAGAGAUAAUUCGACACCGCAGACACCGACACACUUAGUACCGCCGAAGCAAGAUGGGAAUGAGUCCGACUCUAACACAGGCGGAUCUCAGACAAUAACCCUCGACGACCUGAAAGAGCUAUCAGCGCUGGACGCCCUAACCGUCCGUCAGCUCAAGGAGCUGCUCGUCCGGAACCGCGUCGAGUUCCGCGGCUGCGUCGAGCGACAGGAACUACUAGUGCGUGCACAGCGGCUAUGGCAGGACCAUGCGAGAUAUAAAGACGAACUAGAAGCGCUCCCGCUAGAAGAGUGCUGCAAGAUCUGCAUGGCGGCGCCGCUGGAGUGCGUGCUGCUGGAGUGCGGGCACAUCGCCGCGUGCACGCGCUGCGCCAAGCAGCUCGCCGAGUGCCCCAUCUGCCGGCAGUACGUCGUGCGCGCCGUGCGCUUCUUCCGCUCCUGAAUGUCGCUACGGAACGACGCGUCCUGAACGUCACGUCUGGUAUGACAACAUACAAUCGGGACGUUUUAUCGGGAACAUCGUUUCCAAAACGUGACGUGACGGAAUGGGACGUCCACAAUGUCGCUUCCGGAAUGACACAUCCGGAACAUCACUUCCGCCGCGUUACAACCGGAACGUGAUGUCCAAAUCGCCGUACGGAACAUAUAUUAUCAAUUACGUCACUUCUGGAAUGUGACGUCCAGAACGACACGCUCCUAAGCGUCACGGCCUGAUAUUUUCAUUCUAAGCGUCACUCACUAUGAUAAUACUUAGGUAUAUGCCUGAACAUCAAUAAACAAUCAGUAGUCAUUUUCUAGGUUUUUGGGAAGGUAUGCAAUCCGCGCCUACCCAAAAUAUAGACUUUAAAAAUGGAUUUUUGAGGUUAAAAAUAACAAAAGUGGCGUAAGAUAUGACAGCUUAUAUGAUCGUUUAUACUCAUAUACUAUGUUUCGUCUUAAAAACAAUUGAACCUGACAUGUGUUCGGAACAUCAUCUAUUUACGUUAUAAUUCUAGGGACAGAAAUGUCUUGCCAUUAGCUAUAUGUUUAAAAGCGUAGUAGCUUCGGAAUUAAAUAGUGAAAUGUGAUAGAUCAGGGGCUUUUUAUUCAAUUUUUUAUGCUAAAAUAAUCUUAUCUAAUUUCAAUUCAAUUUAUUCAAUCAAACAAAUCAAUUCAAAUUGUCUUUGAAUAUUUCGUAAGUCCUCGAGUCUGAGGGAUCUACAUCGCCUGCCAAAACACGACCCUGGGGUUUUAAGUUUAGAAAUCAAUUAUAAAUAUCAUUCAUUGCUGACCUGAUAUCUCAUCGUGGGACUCAAGGCUUUAAAUUGCUACUUAAAAUCCAGAGUGACCGAAUAUUUAACAUGCAAUUAUAGUACUUAUCACACGGCCCUGCACCAGCGGGCGCAGCAUGGUUCCAUUUUUAUCGCCUGUCACCUUGGCACUUGGCAUCAAAAUGCGACCGUACUACCGCCGCAGAAUUGUAUAAAACAUUCCUUCUUGCUGUUAGUUAUGUAGCGGUAACCGCGUAGGUUCCAAUAAAACAAAAAAAGUGUUCCGUGAACAAAGUUUUGUACGGAACACUAAAAAGUAUGUGUAUGUGUCAGCUCCGACUUCAUUGCACUCCUUUCGCACGAUUACAAAAUACAUUAUAGAAUUGUGAUAUUAAGAACCAUUCUAUGAGAAUUUCUGUUGGAAUUUCAGACGUAAAACUCAGCAAAUUGGAAGUUGCUAUUCGUUAACAUUGAAAGUGUUUCCAUGCAGCCGUUGCUAGGGGACGCAAAAGAUAAGUUGCGCACAAAACAUAACGUAACGCGUAACGUAAUGUAACGUUUGAUUUUACUCCCCAUAAAUAUUCAUACCCCGGGUUUAUUUAUGGAAAUCGAUUCUUAAAGAGUAAACUCCAAACAUGUACCAUCAAUGACACAGUUAACUAUUUGGGAAUCUUAUUUCAUCGUAUCAAAGCCUACAUAUGGUCAGUUGUGUUGCUGUUAAUAUAAUUAUGAUAUCUCAUACGUUCCGAUUCACUUUUCUAACUAUGAAUUAUAAAAUUUUAAUCGUUAUUUUAUUACUGUAAGUACGCGAUUGUACAUAGGGUACGUAAGAAAUUGUUAAUAAGUAUCAUAAAAUGAAAUAAACAUAGUUCACACGAUUAAUGACCAAAAAAAUGGAAAUAGUUAUUUAGUGCCGAUUUAGUCCUGAUUCCAAUAGGAUAACGGUUGUAAAUAAUACAUUAUACUCGUAUGAAUUAUAAAUCCAUACUUAAAUGUUAUUUAUAUAAUAAGCGAUGUUUAAAUCUAUAGUUAGUUAUAUGCGACUCAGCUAGCGAAAACAACUAUAUAGGUAUAUUAUUAUUUUAAAAGAGCUGAAUUUUUUAAAGACAAGUUAUGGUUAUAAUUCCGACUGCAUUCCGUUUAAAGAAGAAGUCCAAUAGGUCGUAUAAAUUAAUUACAAUUUAUAAGUUAUAACAAGUUACUCCAAACAGAAAUAAAAAUAAAUAGCUGAUAGUUGCGUUAACCUCCUUAGGCCUAGUCAUACAAGAAAAAAAAAACCGAUUUGCCGUGAAAUUUGAGUUAUAGUGUAGGAAAUAAGAGUUGAUAUCACUAUAUAAAUUGAAUGAGAUAAAACAAAUGCAACUCUAUUCCGAUUGAAAAUUAUUAAAACUUCAUCGAACUUAAUGUGUAAGUACGGUCGAAAGUUUCAAUUUGUUACCCAUUUUGUACCUUUUGACAGUAAGUAGUAUGAGGUCUCUAGCGACGUUCAUAUUGAUUGUCAUCGUAACAAGGUACGAAACGGGUCAUAAAUUAAAACUUUGGACUGUACUAUAGGUAGGACCGUGGGCCUUACGAAGUUAAGAUCAGUUUAUACGCAUUAUCAUUAUGUAAUUUCUACUACGCAAAUAUUUUAAAUACAAAUAAUAUUACCAUCACCCACAUCUGCCAUCUAAAAUGAAUUUAAACUCACAUACAAUGAUGUUUUUUAUGAUAUACUCAUUUAUCAAUCUGCUAUUUGUACAUAACUUAUAACUUUAUUUUUGUGGUCGCCAUUGAGGCGCACUUAGCCAAUGAGAGACCUUGGGCUAGAAGUAAUUAUUUUUUAUUACUACUAUUAUAUUUAGCUUGUUGUAAAAUUGGAAAUACUGUUCACUUUUCAUUUCGCUCAUGUAUUGUUGCAAAAGUUCCCACGUAACUGUAACUGAACAAAUGAAUGGUCUAAAUUGUAAAUAUGUACUUAUAUGUUUGCUUAUUUAUCUAUUUAUAUUUUGAACGUUCACGCUUAGCUACUUGUUAUUUUAGUGCUUCAAAGUUUCGCUAGAAAUUUAGUUUUGAGUAUGACUGCGAUGAGUUUUAAAAUGUAAGUAUACGUUCAUUCGUUUUCGUAAAAUAGUGCAUACUUUCUUCAAAAUUCAGAUUUUCUUGGGAUUUUUCUACUCAUAGUAAAAUGUCCCAAAUAUGUAGCAUGUGCUAUGAAUAAUUUGAAACAUGUGAUGGUUAUUCUUAUUAUAGUUAUUUUUAUAGGAUUCCAAAAUUAUUUGUUUUAUUUUUACUCGUUCGCUUGAAUCCAUUCUAUUAGUGAGUUCAUGGUAUAAAUUGUUAUUUAGGUUUAAAUUUAAUGUACACAAGGUUAAGGACAAAAAAAUCGUAUUAAACAUUAUUUCAAAAUGUAAUUAAUUUGUGUUGAUUCAUUGCAAUUUGUAAUUAAAAUAUAUGAGAUGGAAACUUUCGUCCAGUCUAUGUUAUCUAUACUUAUCAUGAAAUAAACGCGACGCGACGGUGAUUGGCCCACUGUACGGUUACCAUCAGUUUGGCACUGACAUAAACGCCGUCGAGAACGUAAUUUACUUUCUAUACAU